GACAUUCUCUCCUCUCCCCCAACAGCAGACAUAGACGACUUGCGAGUCUCGCUGCCUCCCCUCCUCUCCGUCUGCAGCGACCACAACAUAGACUUGCUUUCGUCUCUUCUCCGGUCUCCCCGCACGAUCCCGCCUAGACCGCUGUCGGAACAUCGUAGAGUCGACGCGUGUACAACACAGAGCUCACGACCACUACUCACGACCCUAGAGGCAUCACGCGCGUGUACGCUAUAGUCGUCUAGAUCCCGCUUCCCCGUACGAUCCCCGAUCCGCCCAUCCUCGCUUUUGCACACCCCCUCACACGACUAUCCAAACUGGCGACCGUCCAGAACUACGAGCAGCUCCGUCACCUCGGUCAACCAACACUGAGCCUGAUGCAGUCAAGCCACCACCAGCACGCGUCCGACGACGCCGAACGCCAGAACCGCUUCCUUUCCUCGCAUGGGACCGAAACCCCCAACUCGCUCAGCGUCCGCGAGCGCGCUGCGAGCCAGCCUCCCCGCUCCCAAAGCUUCGUCGCACCCCCGCCGCAACCGGUCCGCAACAACUCAGGCGGCAGCGGUUCUGGGGCCUGGGGCCGCUUCUCGUCUAGUCUCAAUCCUCUGCCUCAGUCGGUUCCCACGCGCAGUGCUUCCUUCUCUUCCUCGCCAUUAAGUACCCAUAGCCCCUUCUCAUCCGCCAUGCGCGACUCCCACUUCGCGUCCACGUUCGAGGACGACGAGUCCGAGGCGCACAGCGACAUCCUGGACCCGUACGAUCCGUACGACGAGCGCUACGUGCGCAACGGCAUGUCGUUCAGGGGCCGCACGUACACUGCAGACCUCACCAGGAGCAGGUCCCAGUCUCUGGCCACGUCCCGGCCUGGCGCGAUCGGCAGUGGCUUCCCUGGACAGGGUUUCGGGCACUGGGAUGGGUCCUCGCCGCAGAGCAUCCCCACCCGGUACGAUUUCAAGACGCCAACGAGCGGAAGCCGUUAUGGUUCACUUGGCGCUCUUGGUCGCUCGCCCUCGAACGGAUACUCACAGGGCUCAAUCACAGACCCUUCGAACAUGAGUCCCUUCGUGCGGGACGUGGGCCAGAUUCUUCUGGACGACGGUUCCGCGUUCCGCGAGCUCUGGUCGGGAAUGAACCCUCCCCGCGACGAGCAUGGCGGAGGUGGGAGCGGCACGACCAGUCGACGUCACAGUGUCAGCGUCGUGCAACCACGGCGGCCCAUCGUGGGUUUCAACGCUCCGGCUGCGGAUCUGCAAGAGGAUACAGCUCACCAGGGGUCCUUCGUGCACUCCGCAUCGUUCGGCGGCGGAAGUGGAGGCGGGCUCCUGCUCACGGACGAUGACCUCGCGAGCGACCUCGGCAUGCUGAGCAUGAACGAGUCUCGACCCAUGACUUCCGUGCAGCCGGCAUCGCAGCCCUCUUCGCUACCGAUCUACGCGCCUUUGUCGCGGAGCCCGCCGGCUUCAGACCGUGUCUCCCCCUACCAGGCACUGCAUCUCAACAUACCUGGUGGCGCGGGCGGCUCGUACUCCCGCCAGUCGAUCGUCGGUUCGCCCAGCGAUAGCGGCCUUUCCGGGGGUAGCCCCUCCCGAGGUCACAUCGAUACCUUCGUGCAGGAGGCAAGAGAGCAAGGAAGACCGAUUGCAACGCAGGCGCUCAUGGCUCGCUACGUCCCUGGCCAUGGUAUUCAGCAGAUCCCGGAAGGAGGGGUGAUGCCGUCUCUUUCCCCCGCCGCCCUCCGUAGUGCAGGUCACUUCGCGUCGCCGCAGCAGAUGCAGCGUCGCCCGUCGGACGCAUCCAAGCCGCUCAACGAGCUCGGCAAGGGUGUGCCGCUGCAUGCAGUGCCGACGUCGUGGCCGCUGUACAUCGUCGAGUUCAAGGCCGGUCGGACGGAUUUGUUCUACUGCACCGAUCUUGCGCAAGACAUCCGCGUAGGUGACCUUGUUAUCGUCGAGGCGGACCGCGGCAAGGACCUGGGCAAGGUCGUCAACGACACGAUUACGCUCGCCGAGGUCGAGGCGUUCCAGAAGCAGCAGAAGCUGAUGAGCAUGGGCCAUGCCGACGUGCACGGCGUGCCGACCAGCCCGACCGCCGCGACUGGUGGAGGCGUCAAGGACAUUAACCCCAAAAUGAUCUACGGCAAGGCUCAGCAUCGGGAUACACAGGGUCUUGCGGCAAAAGCGCAAGAUGAGGCGAAGGCGCUGGAGCUAUGUCGCAACAAAGUCCGACAGCGCAAGCUGCCUAUGGAGGUAGUGGACGCUGAAUAUCAAUGGGAUCGCCGUAAAUUAACUUUCUAUUUCGUGGCCGAAAAGAGGAUCGACUUCCGAGAGCUCGUGCGUGAGCUGUUCCGCUUGUACAAAACUCGGAUUUGGAUGGCGUCGCUUGGAGGAGCGGGAGGCUACGAGCAGUAGUCCAAUGGCUCCUGCCUCUUCAACUGCUCGCCGUGCGUCUAUGUGGCCUCACUCACUGGUAUACCUUAUUGCUGCAGCAAUCUACGGCAGCACUCACAAGCUGGUCCUUCGCCUUCUUCAUAAUCUCUCCCCACAAGUCGUCGUGUACGUUAUCGCUGACGCCGGAGCUAACGUUUUAUUCAUGCCAUCCAUUAUGGACGCCUGGCUCUUCCUAUUUUUGUCUGUUAUGGCCCUGCACAUCAGAUGUCGCACAUCGUAUCCCACACUUUCGUCGCCCUCUGUCCUUAAUGUGUCGCCCUGUACCAACAGCACGGUCUGUUUUCGUUUGCUGGUUGUGUCUAGUUGCUCAGACGGACCCCUGUGCUCCCC